AGGGCGGGGCGGUGCUCUGGCGCAUGCGCUCCCCGGCCGUGGUGCGUGAGUUGCCUCGGUACAGCUUGCAGACCGCUGGGAGUGUGGGCUGUUACCCUGCGUGAGUCCUCCCGCAGCUUUCCCUGCUGUCCGACCCUCUCGGCUUCGCGAUGCCGGUGGACCUCAGCAAGUGGUCCGGGCCUUUGAGCCUGCAGGAAGUGGACGAGAGGCCGCAGCACCCGCUGCAGGUCAAAUACGGCGGGGCGGAGGUUGACGAGCUGGGCAAAGUGCUCACACCCACCCAGGUUAAGAACCGGCCCACCAGCAUUGCAUGGGAUGGCCUUGAUCCAGGUAAACUGUAUACCUUGGUCUUGACAGACCCGGAUGCUCCCAGCAGGAAGGACCCCAAAUACAGGGAGUGGCACCAUUUCCUGGUGGUCAACAUGAAGGGCAACGACAUCAGCAGUGGCACGGUCCUCUCCGAUUAUGUGGGCUCUGGGCCUCCCAAGGGCACAGGCCUUCACCGCUACAUCUGGCUGGUUUACGAGCAGGACAGGCCACUGAAGUGUGAUGAGCCCAUUCUCAGCAACCGAUCUGGAGACCACCGUGGCAAAUUCAAGGUGGCGAAUUUCCGCAAAAAGUACGAGCUCGGGGCUCCGGUGGCCGGCACGUGUUACCAGGCCGAAUGGGAUGACUAUGUGCCCAAACUGUAUGAGCAGCUGUCUGGGAAGUAGAGGAAAGCCAGGAGAUGGACACGGUCCCAGAGUUCCCAAGCAGUGUUUCAGUUUAGUGAUGCAUGUAGAUUUCUCCCCUUCCCCCUGCCUGAUCCCUGAGCGGUCAGAUUUAGGUUUAGGAUGACUUUUCCUUCUGCCUGUCCUCUGUAAUUCUAGGGGGUUUACGUUUUGAUCAAAUUUGAACUCCGUUUUGUUGGGGGAUAUUUUGGUACUAGGAUGGGGUCAUCAAAAUGUUAAUAUAAGAAUAACAACCCAGACGUUAAAGAAGAAAAAAAUUCUGGUAAAAAGACCAGGUCUGCAGUAUUAGAACAGAGCAUCAAAGAAUCUUUAAGGGAGGUUGAAAAAAAGAAAAGGUUGAUUGCCUCUGCCUUUGUGAGCCCGAGCCCAGGAUUGUCUGUGAUGGCAUCUUCUGGCAUGUGUUUUCAUGGCCCUGUCUCUCCCUAAGACAACCAGGGGCCGGCACGUCCGCUAGCCCCCCAUGUGAUACAUCUCAGGCUGGUUAUUGGGUGUCAGUGUCCUGCUCUGGCUCCUUUAAAGAGCAAUACUGAAAAAAGCAAUAGGGAGAGAGUUGCUGUUAAAGCUUGGCCAUCUAGAUGAGCUGCAGGGCUGAGUGAGAGGUCAUCAGAAAUCCGAAAGUCUCUGCCUGUUAAAUUGAUCACUCUUCGGUGUAAGAAAAGCCGGUCUGUAGUUGCUGAAUGUUGUGUUAAUUCUGCUGUUUGCUUAUAGUUGAAUAAAAAUAAAAACAUUGUGUAGUUGAA